AUGUCUUUAAUUGUUUGCGCGAUUGUGCAUCUUUGGUUUUCGCCCUGCCGCGGUGUUGGAGUUCCACGGCGGGGCGGGCUGAGGACUGCGGCGGCCAUGUCCGAGGAGCACAGGGUUGAAAUGGUUGGCGUCAAGCGGCCGCGUCCUCCGCCAGUCACCUCCGGCAUUGCCCCGAAGGAGGACUCCGUGGAGGACAACGCGCGUGGUAGCCCCAAAACACCGCUGCCGGUGGCGCGGAAGUCGGCGAUGUGUUCGCCCGUCGGCUCCGUCGGCCACGGCGCACAGGGCACCACCCCCGGCACCCCAACCGGGCCGCCGCUCAUUGGGGGAGUUCAGGGCUGCAGCCGCAUCGCCAAGUGGAGCUCCCUGAUUGGCGACGCCCUCAUGCAGGGAAGAGCAAAGGGUGAGGAGCCCGUGGUCCGUGCCGUGGCGUCGCGCAUUGCAACGGCGAUCCCCGGGGAUCGUUCCGCGGCGGCGGACGGCUUCCGCGUGCUGUUGGUGAAUUUAAGGGACGAGAAGAACACCAAACUUCGCGAGGACAUUGUUGAGGGGCGACUGCCGGUGGAGGUGCUGGUGCACAUGUCAGAGAGAGACUUACUAAACCCUGAGGCGAAGAAAAACCAAGAGGCGGCGUUUUUGGAGCGGAGCAAGGACACCGACCUAACUGAAAUACGGAGGGCCACGGCCACCAAGUCGACGCUGUUUCCCUGUCCCUCCUGCAAGGCGAGGGAUUGCUCGUGGACACAGAAGCAGACACGCUCCGCGGAUGAACCCAUGACUGUCUUCUGUGUCUGUAAUGUUUGUGAGCACAAGUGGAGACGCUACUGA